AUGAACCGCCAGUGGGAUGGGUCGGUUUUUGUUCCGGCAUUGCGCGAGAGGCGGUUGCAAGGUCAGAAGUUGGUUGUGGUACUUGAGGAUGCCUGUCUGGAAGUGGUGCAUGUGGGCGAAGGCCGUCACGAAGUGCUAUCGGGAACUAAGGCCGGCCAUCGUCGGCUGCUACGUCGCGCAGGCCGGGCGGAAUCGCGCGACUUGCGUCCUGACAUCGUCUACCAGUGCCUUUGUGCACUCUUGGAGUCACCGAUCAACCGAAGCGGCGGUCUGCUGCUUUACAUACACACCCAAAACGGACUCAUGAUUGAAGUCAACCCCCAACUGCGCUGCCCCCGCACGUACACCGAGUUUGAAAGCCUCUUCGGUACCCUUCUUGUCAAACGCAAUGUGCGCGCUCGUGGCGCUAAAGUCACGCUGCUCCAGAUCGUCAAAAACGACCUUUCCCAAAUCCUCCCCCCCGGCUGCCGCAAAAUCGGACUCGAGGUCCACGGACGACACGUAGACCUCAACCAUGUCCAGCAAGACCUGCAACGCGAGAAUAAAAAUGUUUGCCAACCUAUAGUCGUCUUCAUUGGCGCAGUCGCGCAUGGCAGCCCCAUCGCAAGGGAACGGAACGAGUUCGUGGAAGAUGAACUCUGCAUCAGCAAGUACCACCUCAGCGCUGCCGAAUGCUGCCACCGGAUCUGCCACGCCGUCGAACAAGUUUGGCUCUAG